AUGAGCAGCUCUCCAAGGGACACCCAGGGCCCAAAUCACCCACAGUGCCUCCUGCCCUCUGUCACCCACGUCCCACCAGCCAAGAAGAUAACCUUCCUCAAGCGCGGGGAUGCGCGGUUCGCAGGAGUUCGCCUGGCCGUGCACCAGCGCAGCUUCAAGACCUUCAGUGCCCUGAUGGACGAGCUCUCCCAGCGAGUGCCUCUCUCCUUUGGGGUGCGCUCCGUCACCACACCCCGGGGCCUGCAUGGCCUCAGUGCCCUGGAGCAGCUACAAGAUGGGGGCUGCUACCUUUGCUCAGAUAGAAAGCCCCCCAAGACCCCCAGUGGGCCGGGCCAGCUGCGGGGGAGGAGCCCCUCUGCUCUUCAGUCCCAGGACUUGGAUGGCGGGCGGGAGGUGCCAGGAGCAUCCUCUUCCUGGAAAGGACCUAGAGCCCCAAGGAGGAUAACGCUGGUUAAGAACAGGGACUCCAGGUUCCAGGAGACGGUGGUUCUCAGCCACAGGAACACCAGGAGCCUGGUGGCCUUUCUCAGCAAAGCCUCGGAUCUCCUGCGCUUCCCCGUGAGGCAGAUAUACACCACCAGUGGGAAGAAGGUGGACUCCCUGCAGGCCCUGCUGUGCGGCCCCUCCACGCUGGUGUGUGCUGGGAACGAGGCCUUCAGACCUCCAGCUCUGGAAAGCACCCAGAAAAACAAGACUGAGACUUUAUCUGGGAUGACUUCAAGGAACAAACACAGUUGCUGGGGGCCCAAGGCCAAGCAGAGCGUGAUCCAUUUGAGGUCCACGGCCAGCAGCAGACCGUCACAGUUCUCCUUGUCUGGUCUCAGAGACCCCUCAGCAUCCUUGCAUGGUGCCCCCGACAGGCACCCUCAGGACACGUCUGGCCCGCUGCUGGCUGGUGACAACGUGGAGAAGAAGGUCUGCAUGAACGAGGACGGCAGCCUGUCUGUGGAGAUGAAGGUCCGCCUGCACCUCCUGGGCGAGGAGACGCUGCUGUGGUCCCACAGGGCGGGAAGGGCCAGCACCCUCACAGCAGCCAGCGGGGAGGGCCCCGUCCUGGGGGAGGGGAGCCCCCGCUGCUGCCGAUGGGGGGGCCACCCGUGGGGCUUCUCAAAGUCAGGGGCACAGAGACCGGGUCCCUGCGAGGCAGGACAUCAGGGAGCGUUUGAUGGAGGCCAGCAGCCACGGCCGAGCUUCGAGAUCUGGAGGAACCCCCUGUAUGUCCCCCAGGGUGAAGGGUCGGCUCCUUGGAGGAGGUCAGGGCCAGCCCAGCUCUCUCAGUGCAGGGGCCGCUGGAGUAGAGGGGCCAGGAACAGGGAAAGACAAAGUAGGGACAGCGUCAGCCCUUCCUCUAGUGCCGGACACGCGGAAGGCUCCGAGCCAGACUCCUACAGCCCCAGGACCCCCGAGGGUGGCGUGGGCAGUGACAGCCCAUGUCCAGCCUCCACAGCUGCUUCCCAGUGUGGGGAUGAGAGGGAGGCUGGUGAGGGCUCCUGCCCAGGGGAAGCAGAGCUGGGUGGCCAAGGACAACAUGGCUGCCCGGGACCAGGGAUCCCAGGUGCAAAGGGAGCCCUUUCUGACUCCUUGGCCAGUCCCGGGCCUCAUGAGGAGUCCAGCAAGUGGGAUGGCCAGCAUGAGGGCUGCCUGAGCCCAGUGAGGGUCAGGACUUCCCGGGAGAAGGGCUCCCAGGGCAGUAGCACUGAUGCUCCCACCAGGAGUCUCUCACCUCUGAGCGACGGGGACUCGCAAGCAGAGCAGUGUGAACAGGGCACCACACACCAGCAGGCCACGGAGGGACCCGUGACGGGGCCACCGCUGGCUCUAGGCCGUUCCCACUCUUGGGAUGCAGAGGGAGGCUGUCCCCGGCUUCUCGCUCACGCCCCUGCCCAGCUGGGGAGGAGGAAGCGGCAGAGCCCGUCUAGCGCAGUGUCCUCACCUGGUACUGCCGGCGUGGUCCAGAGAGGCCGUGCCAGGCGGUGUCACCACUGCAGGGACACCCACUGCCUGCCAGACUCCCCCACAGCCCUACAGAUGCCCAGGGCUGGCCCAGGUGGUCCAGGGCCACCGCUUUCUCAGAACUCAUCCAGCACCAGAAAACAGGCCUCCAGGGACCUAGGACCAUCCGUCCCUGGCUCUCUGGAUUCCCAGGACCUACCAGAGGCCAGCAGUGCCAGCACCACACUCCUGAGUAACUCAGACUGUGCUGCAGAACUGGCGGGGGACACCGAGGGCAAGGUGUGCUCCCCAGAGCCCCUGCAAGGGGGUGGCAGUCUGGGGGACCAGGCAGAGGACACCCUAGAGCCCUCCUUGCCCUUGGCUCUGCCAGUUGGAUGUCCCGAGGGAGAAGAGCCAGGAGCCCACAAAAGCUGCUGCUGCCCACAGACUGGGUCCUCCCCUGUCCAGGGGAGCCCCAGUGAGCAAGCGAAGGCUGCCUGGGGGCCCUUCUCUGAAGCCUGCUGGGUGUGCAGUGGCUACUGCCCCACUCCUCCCAGGGGCCGGCCCUGCGCCAGGAAGCACCCAACAAGCAGCAGUAGCACCAGCCGUGACCACCAAAGGGCUGACGGGGGGACCAGCCCCGGUUCUGGGCCCAAGAGUGUAUUGCUGGGGACCAGCUCUGGCAAUGGGGGUGGCCUUGAGGAGCCUCGGGAAGAUGGCACCAUGACGCCCAAUGAUCUGCCCCACUCCUCACUGGAUGCCAUGGUCCGCGAAUGGCUGGACAACAUCCCAGAAGAGCCCCUGCACAUGAGGCAUGAGAUGGUGGCCAAGGCCACAGGUGUGGUCAGCAACAUCCCAGAAGGCCCCCGGGAGGACCCUGAAGGGGAUCACUCUUUGAGCAGCACUGAGGAACAGGCUCAGGCUGGACGGCAGGCCCUGGAAGGGGGUACCCAUGAGCCAGACAGAACCCCUCCAGGAACCAGUGACGCGGGCUCCAAGCCAGGAGACGGUUCUCAUCAAGGUACAGCUCCGGGCCAGGCAUCCAAGGCUGUGUCGGAGGCUGGAGUGGGAGAAGGGGCUACUGUGGGCCAUGGCAUGAGCCCGUGUGUCCUUCCGGGCAGAGAUUCUGCCUCCAUGCAGAUCAUGAAGGCCCUGAUGGGCUCCAAGCACGGCCGACCCAGCAGCCUGCCAGAGGUGUCCAGUGCUGAGGCCAGGCGGCUCCGCCGCUUGGCAGGUGACCUCAUUGCCUGCCUCGCCCGGCUCCACUUCUUUGAUGAGGAUCUUGGGUCUCCUGCUGGCAAAGUGAGACCCACACACUCAGUGCGCUACCAGGAGCUGCUGAACAUCUCCCAGACCCUGUGGCCAGGGUGUGGCCUUGGGCGAGGCAUGCUGGACUUGAGUCUUGGGGACCUCACUUCACUACAGGCCCCGCAGGUGACGGACAACUUCACGCCCACCUCUUCCUCCGGUGUGGACGUCAGCAGUGGCUCCGGAGGCUCCGGGGAGGGUAGCGUGCCUUGUGCCACGGAUGGUGCCCUGGUCCCCGAGAGGACGGAGCUGCCCCUGGAAAUCUCCCAGAGGCCUGAUUCCAGAACUUCGGGGCACCUGGAGGACCUGGGAACCCCGCAGCCAAGUGGUCUCCCAGCUUCUCCCAGCUCCCAGGUGUGCGCUUGUGCCACCAGCGGGGAAGAAGGAGGCGGCCUCGGGGAGCAGAUGCUGGGCGAUGGCCUGGAGCAAUCAGACAACAACCCCGAAGGGUUUGUUGGAAACACGCUGCAGGAAGCGGAGGCGCAAUCAGAAGAAACAGAAGAGACAGAAAGCCCCCCAGAAGAGGGCGUCGAGGAGGCGGGGCUCCUAGAAGAAGCCGGAGUCAGCGGGGAGGAGUCACCAGGUGGGGAAGGCACACUGGGAGACCCGGGGGUGCCGGAAGAGGAAGCAGGAGGAGACUCUGCUUCUGCAGGGCUGUGUCCCCCAGGAAGCGCAGAGGAAUCCGCAGAAUGCCCUCCUCGUCCUCUCAGUGAGAGGGACUCCAAUGCCAGUGAGCGUCAAACUGGCCCCACAUCAAAGUCCAGCUUGGAAGAGCUGUCCAGAGCUGAUGUGCUGGGCUGUGAGCAAGCCCCGGCCAGGUUCACCCCAGGGACUGGGGAGUCCAGUGCAUCUGCGGCCCACGGAGUGUUUCUGGAGCCUGACCCCACCUGGGUGUCCAAGUUGCUGAGGAAGAUAGAGAAGGCCUUCAUGAAGCACUUGGCUAUUGCCACUGCCGAGCUCCGCGCCCGCUGGGACUUGCAGGACAACCCUCUGCUGGACCAGAUGGUGGCCGAGCUAGAGCAGGACAUAGGCCUCCGGCUCCAAGAAAGCACUGACAAAGAACUCCAGAAGAUAGAGAGCCGGACUGGGAGGAUGGCCCUGGGGCCACCCAGGGAGGUCCUCAGGGGACAAGCGUCCCUGCAAACGGAGCAGCGCCGGCGUCGCCUCCAGGGUCUGCACAACCUCUUGGCCUUUUCUGAGCAGACCUAUGCCCGGGCCCUCCACUCCUUCACCCUGGAGGACCGGCCCACCCUCCAUGAAGCCCUAGGGGACCUGCCACGUGGGGAGACUGAGGAAGACGAGUUCUGUCCCUGUGAGGCCUGCAUUAGGAAGAAAGUGUCCCCUGUGCCUCCAAAGGACACCCCAGGGGCCUCCAGUGCACCUAUCAAAAAGGCCUUCGACCUACAGCAAAUUCUGCAAAAUCUUCAGAAGAAGAAAGAAGGGGGUACUGAUGGAGAGGCGGAGGAGAGGGCCCCCGAGGAGACAGGGACAGAGCUGCCUCGGGACAUCCCCGCAAGAGCCGGGUCUGUCCAGGGAGCUGAUGGGAGUCAGGACCUGGGACCCUCGGUGGGCAAGGAGAGUGAGGGUGAGGGGAGCCAGCGGCCCAGCAGAGACGAAGACGCUGAGCUAGAGGAGGCCGAGGAGGAGGCUGGUUACCAGGAGAAGGUGGGGGAUGCAGAGGCCGGGAGAGCCCACAGCCGCCAUGGCAGCACCGCGGAGGAGGCUGAGCAGCUGGAGCAGGCUGUGACUGAGAAGGAAGGAGCCAUGUGUGAGCACUCUGGGGAGGGGGACACCUCGGAGGCUGCAGGAGGACCUGGUGACGGUGUCGAUGCCACAGAGGCCCAGGAAGCUGGAGGAGGCAGGCGGCUGGAGUCCGCGGGAGGAAGUCAAGGUGAGGAAGAAGGUGGCCCUCUAGCUAGCCUGGGACAGGGACAGAGAAGGGAGGCUUCUGAAAACAGCAUCACAGACCAAGAGGUGACCCCACCGUCACCUGCCCCAAGUGAGGACACCCCUCACCCGGGGCCAGACCCCCAAACCCAUGACUGCUCCUCCAGAACCUUCACCCUGGGCAACUGCUCCCUGGUCUCCCAGAAAGGCUCAGAGGAAGUUCAGGCAGGCGGAGACCCCGGGGACACUGGGGCCGAGUCAGAGCCACCUGCAGAGGAAAAAGUCACCUCCAUGUAUCCGGAGAGUUCCACUUCUGAGCAUGAGGAGCCCCCUUCAGACCCAGAGACUCUAGAGCAGGGGUCAGGCAGAGACUGCGGCGAAGGCAAUGAGAAGGCCCCCCAAAGCUCCCCGAGUGCCUCGGCGGGGGCGGGGCCAGGGGCAGAUGGCUUCCACCAAGAAGACCUGGACUUCUAG